CUGACAUCCCUUUGGAAACCUGCUGCGCAGAUGGACAGCGAAUGGCCACCCAGCACAGGGACUGCUCACUGACGUACUCCUCGGAUUCGAAGGAGUGCAGGAUAACCCAGGAGCAGUGCUGCCACAGCCAGCUGGAGGAGCUGCACUGUGCCACGGGCAUCAACCUGGCCAGCGAGCAGGACGGCUGCUCCCAGCCGCAGGGGGGCAACACCAGCCUGGAGGCCAUCUUCAUCAAGAAGUGCUGCCACUGCUGCCUGCUGGGAAGAGCAGCGCAGGCGCCGGGCCAGGGCUGCGAGCCCAGCCUCAUGCUGGGCUACCAGUGCGGGCUGGUGUUCCGCGCCUGCUGCGUGAAGGGCCAGGAGAGCGCCGACUUCGCCCCCGGGGACAGCGCUAAGGUUUCUGAUGCCGAUGAGGAACAAGAAGACCCCUAUCUGAAUGACCGCUGCCGAGGUGGCGGACCCUGCAAGCAGCAAUGCCGGGACACGGGAGACGAGGUGGUCUGCUCCUGCUUUGUGGGCUACCAGCUGCUGGCUGACGGCGUCUCCUGUGAAGAUACCAACGAAUGCAUCACGGGCAGCCACAGCUGCCGGCUGGGAGAGACCUGCAUCAAUACGAUGGGCUCCUUCCGCUGCCAGCGGGAGAGCAGCUGCGGGACAGGCUAUGAGCUCACCGAGGACAACAACUGCAAAGAUAUUGACGAGUGUGAGAGUGGUAUUCAUAACUGCCUCCCCGAUUUUAUCUGUCAGAAUACUCUGGGAUCCUUCCGUUGCAGACCCAAGCUGCAGUGCAAGGGCGGCUUUAUUCAGGACGCUCUAGGCAGCUGCAUCGAUAUAAAUGAGUGUUUGAGCAUCAGUGCCCCGUGCCCCGUGGGGCAGACGUGUAUCAACACGGAGGGCUCGUACACAUGCCGGAAGAGCGCGCCCAACUGUGGCCGCGGCUACCAUCUCAACGAAGAGGGCACGCGCUGCGUCGAUGUGGACGAGUGCGCGGCCCCAGCCGAGCCCUGCGGGGCGGGGCACCGCUGCGUGAACACCCCCGGCAGCUUCCGGUGCGAGUGCAAGGCCGGGUUCUAUUUCGAUGGCAUCAGCAGGACGUGUGUGGACAUCAACGAGUGUCAGCGCUUCCCCGGGCGCCUGUGUGGCCACAAGUGCGAGAACACGCCAGGCUCCUACCACUGCAGCUGCUCCGAGGGCUUCCGGCUCUCCCCGGACGGCCGGUCCUGCGAAGACGUGAAUGAAUGCCACAGCAGGCCCUGCAGCCAGGAGUGUGCCAACGUGUACGGCUCCUUCCAGUGCUACUGCCGGCGAGGCUACCAGCUCAGCGAUGCGGACGGGGUCACCUGUGAGGACAUUGAUGAGUGUGCUCUGCCCACUGGGGGCCACAUCUGUUCCUACCGCUGCAUCAACGUCCCUGGGAGCUUCCAGUGUAGCUGCCCCGCUUCCGGCUACCGCCUGGCCCCCAAUGGCCGCAACUGCCAAGACAUUGAUGAGUGUGUGACAGGUGUCCACAACUGCUCUGUCAACGAGACGUGCUUCAACAUCCAGGGCGGCUUCCGCUGCCUAUCCUUCCAGUGCCCGGAGAACUACCGCCGUUCUGCAGACACGCUCCGGCAAGAGAAGACGGACACGGUGCGCUGCAUCAAGGCCUGCCGCCCCGGCGACCGGGCCUGCGCGCAGGACCCCGUGCACACCGUCUCCUACACCGCCGUCCCGCUGCCCACCUUCCGUGAGUUCACCCGCCCCGAAGAGAUCGUCUUCCUGCGGGCCGUCACGCCGCUGUACUCUGCCAACCAGGCCGACAUCAUCUUCGACAUCAUGGAAGGGAACCCGAGGGAUUCCUUUGACAUCAUUAAGCGCUACGUGGGCAACAUGACUGUGGGUGUGGUGCGCCAGGUCCGGCCCAUCGUGGGCCCGUUCCACGCCGUGCUGAAGCUGGGGAUGAGCUACGUGGUGGAGGGUGUGGUCUCCCACCGCAAUGUCGUCAACGUCCACAUCUUCGUCUCCGAGUACUGGUUCUGAGCGCCCGGCAGGCACCGUGUGGCCAAGGGCGCUGCGGCCGGACAGCACCCACGCCCUUCCGCACCCCACCAGCACCGAUGCUAUGUACUGGUUUGUAGUGUUAGGCAAUCAUGUAUUAAGCUGUUCCUGGUAAAGAAAUCCAUCUGGGCCCAGUGCUGGUGGCUCACGUCUUUAAUCAUAGCCACCAUUAGACCGAGA